AUGCCUGCUGAUGUAAACAUGGAUACUAACCCGCAUGACACUACGGGCUCAUCUAGGUUGGAAAAGGUUAGGGGAGAAGGGAGACUUGCCAAAAUUUCCUCUUUAGUUCUAGAAGAAGUUAGAACCAGUACUGAGAAAGGGGUAGAAAAGCCCUCUGCAGGGAAGGAAUCUUCAGCCAUUCAUCACACUUCUGAACCAAGGAAGUCAAAAAAUCCUGCUGCUGAGGCUGUGGUGAAUCUUGAUGACUUAUCUGAUAAUGAUCUCAUCCCUAUUAUGAUGCUUGGGAUUGCUGAGAGACUCAAGACCAGAAAAGGCAAGGUUGUGGCUACCUCCACUCCCACGAAAACAAAGACUAGGUAUGGUCCCUCAAAGCCCUGGAGUAAAGAGGUUCCUAACUCCAACAAGAGGAAGAUCAGGGAUUCUGCUACUUCAGAAAGUGAUGCUGAAGAGGAUGUCCAAAACAUCUUGACUAAUCUGAAAAUAAAAACCUCUCAGUUCACGGACAGUGUUAACCAAUGGAAGUAUGUUUAUCAAAGGCGAAUUGCUCUUAAAAGAGAGCUGGGAAAAGAGGCUCUUGAGUGUCCAAAGAUUAUGGAUCUGAUCACUCAUGCUAGCUUGAUAAAGACUGUAACUCGGCUUGGAAAAUGCUAUGACGGUCUUGUAAAGGAGUUCAUUGUCAAUAUUCCGGUGGACUGUGCUGACCACAGAAGUAAAGAAUUAAGAAAAGUGUAUGUUAGAGGGAGAUGUGUUGAAUUCUCACCGGCUGUUAUCAACAGAUAUCUGGACAGACGAGAAGAUGAACAAUGUGAAUGGGAAGUGACAGACAACGAGGUUUGCAAAGCAUUAACUGCAAAUCAGGUGAAUACCUGGCCGAUGAAGGACAAGCUCCCAGCAAGUAAACUAAGUUUCAAAUAUGCCAUCUUACAUAGGAUUGGGGCGGCCAACUGGGUUCCUACAAACAACUCUUCAGUUAUCUCUGUGAGUUUUGGAAAAUUCAUUUAUGUAGUUGGAAGCAAGAAGGCCUUUGAUUAUGGUGCCUACAUUUUUGAACAAACUAUGAAGCAUGUUGGCACAUGCGCAGUAAAGAUGCCUAUUGCCUUUCCUACUCUCAUCUGUGGCAUUAUUAUAAGCCAACAUCGUGGGAUUCUUCCUGGCACUGAUGUCAUAGCCAAACGUGAGUCUACUUUAUCCCUUCAUUUUAAACUUUUUACAGGUAAGCAUGUCCCUAACAUUGCCAUGACAUCUACAUCUACUGAUCCCAAGAUCACAACCAAAGCAGAGAUAAUUUCUGAUCUUGUGGAAGCCUUCAAAGAACUUGAUGAAGUUAUUAGGGUUAGCUCUGCAAGAAAGGCUAAGUUUGAAAAGAUGAUCAAGGACCUGAAAAAGGAUGAUAGUGCUGAUGAGGAAGUGGGCUCUAAAGGCGGAAGGUCGGUUGAUGAGGAGGACAACUCUGAGGCUACUGAGUCUGCUGGUCUUGAAGACAGCUAG